UGCCACAGUCAGAGAGUGUGUUGAAAGUAAAGUGUCUAUGUCGUUUGACUCAAAAGAAUUUUUGUAUGUAGUCUUUCUUGCAUAUUGUGGACUCCACUCUUCUGUUGUGUAAAAAAAAAUGGCAGUGAUAUGGGAUUUUGACAUAACAACAAACACAUCCAGAAAAAUAAAUGGCAUUAUUCCAACAUUAUCAUUACCAACAAGUUCGAGCAGUUCAAGUAUGUCAUCGGUGGAAAAUAGUGACGGUGACGAUGAGAAUCCACUUGAAGGUGAAUUAAAAAAUAUCCGAACAAUAAUAUCGUUAACGCGUGAAAAUGUUGAUGCGUUAAAUGAUCGCUUUGCUGGCGAACAAAAUCCACCGACCAUGUACUUGGAAGAGUACCGUGAUCUAACUGAUAAAUUACAUGAAUUAAAAAUUAAGGAACAGAAAUUAAUGGAUCGAAUUACUCGACGGAAAAAGAGAAGAGUUAGCGAAGAAACACGCUUUACUGAUUUAGAUACUAAGGGUGCAAGCGAUACAACAUCAAACAAUGAAAUGGACAUGAGUGGUUCUCAAAAGUUAUUUUUACGUGCCCAUCUACCAAAUCAACAACGUACCAUGGUCCAAGUACGUGCUGGCAUGAGUCUAAAGAAGGCAUUAGCAAAACCAAUGAAGCUACGUAAUUUAACAUGGCAGAUGUGUAGUGUGUAUCGGGGUGAUGAACGUGAUUGUGGUUUACGAAUACCAUGGGACAUUGAUAUAUCAACGUUAGAUUGUUGUGAGAUUACGGUUAAAAUAUUGGAUCGGUUUCCGGUUGCCACAAGUAUAUCACAUAAUUUUGUGCGAAAGACAUUCUUUUCGUUAGCGUUUUGUGAAUGUUGUCGACGAUUAUUGUUCCAAGGAUUCUAUUGUCGUACGUGUGGUUAUCGUUUUCAUCAGCGAUGUUUUAGUGGUGUUCCAGCACUGUGUCAUCAGGAUCAUUUAGUGGAUAGAUAUUAUCAAGCAUUAUUAGCCGAACAACCAUCACCGAAUAGUUUACAUGUGCCAGUAUCAAAUCGACCUGUCCGACAUCCACGAAGCCUAGCGCACGGUGAUCGAUCGAGUUCCGCACCGAAUGUCUGUGUAAAUUUAGCUAGAAAUCCAAGUAACAAUGAUCGUGGCACAUCUUCAUCAUCACGUUAUCCAGGUGCUAACACCGUUGAAGGUGGUGACUACACACCGGCCAGUACACCAACUGGAUCUAGCAAACAUGGCAGUGCAAAUAGUUCACGAAAAACAAGUGAUGAAACAUUACCACAGCAUACACGGAGCACAAAUCAAUCACCAAAAACAUCAAAUAAAACUCGACGACCUCGUGCACGUAGUGCAGACGAAAGUAAACCGUUGUUAGGUCCACGUGAAAGUAUUGAAGAUUGGGAAAUACCAGCCGAUGAAAUUCUAUUAGGUCCACGUAUUGGUUCCGGGUCGUUUGGAACUGUGUACAAAGCACAUUGGCAUGGGCCCGUUGCAGUGAAGACGUUGAAUGUUAAGAAUCCUACACAAGCUCAAUUACAAGCGUUCAAGAAUGAAGUGAGUGUGUUACGGAAGACACGACAUGUAAAUAUUUUGUUAUUUAUGGGAUGUGUGAGCAAGCCAGAACUUGCGAUCGUUACACAAUGGUGCGAAAGUUCAAGUUUAUAUAAACAUUUGCAUGUUUAUGAGAAUAAAUUUGAGUUGUUGAUGGUGAUUGAAAUCGCUAGGCAAAUCGCUCAAGGUAUGGAUUACUUACAUGCGAAAAGUAUCAUCCAUCGCGAUUUGAAGUCAAACAACAUAUUUUUACAUGACGACAUGACAGUGAAAAUAGGUGAUUUUGGUCUAGCAACAGCGAAAACUGGUUGGUCUGAUUCUACAUCGUCCCAUCAACCAUCCGGAUCAAUUCUAUGGAUGGCUCCCGAAGUGAUACGUAUGUCAAUUGGUAACCCGUACAGUUUUCAAUCGGAUGUCUACGCAUUCGGUAUGGUCCAAUAUGAAUUGCUAACCGGCCAAUUACCAUACACGAACAUAAACAACAAAGAUCAAAUCUUAUUUAUGGUGGGACGUGGUUAUUUACGACCUGAUUUAGAUAAAAUACGAUCGGAUGCACCGAAAGCGUUAAAACGUUUAGUUGAAGAUUGUAUUAAAUUUAAUCGUGAUGAUCGUCCAUUAUUCCGACAGAUUUUAGUCUCGUUGGAGGGUUUAAUACGAAAUUUACCAAAAAUUCAUCGUUCAGCAUCUGAACCGAACUUACAUAGGACAUCACCGUCAUCCGAUGAUUUUUUAUACGCUUGUAAUAGUCCAAAAACACCAUUAAAUUUUGGACCAUCAAAUAAUUUUUCAUUUUUUACAUCGGGAACAGGGAACAUUUAAUUGUGAUAUUUUCUUUCGUUUUUUUUUUUUUUAAAUUUUUUUUUAUUUUUCUCUUGUGUUGCCCAGACGAAAAAUUGUGAAAUAUUUCUAUUGAAUUUCGAUCUGCUUGGUGCUUAUAGAUACGGAGUUGUUCAGUAAGAUGUUAGCACUUAUACAGGAUGCGCUAUCUUUAGUGGUCGGUAUGUAAACAUAAACUUAAUAACUUUAACUAGUGAAGAUAAAAGCUUGAUUUUUUUAUAUAAAGUUGGACUAAGUCUAAAUCAAUUCUUAAAAUUUUAA